GGACCAAAUGCAGUGUCCAUAUGGGAGGCAGUAGCUAAGUAGGUCAUAUUAAGUUGCUUGAAGUCAUCGAUAGGUGUCACUGUCAGUCAAACUACACUCCGGACGCAGUGCAUGGACCGGCCUCGCUUCACCAUAAGGAGAUCAUUCUCCAAAGCAGGACACCAAAUUAGGAUGACGCAAUGGUCUGCCUUGGAUGUCAAACUAGCAGACGAUCGAAGUUCCUAACUGUCAAGUAAUUAGCUGGAGGCCACCAUCUCCUACCUGAUAGCCCCCACUGAUUUAGAGAGGUGAGUGAAUGAUAACAGGUUGAAGGAGGAAAGCACAAGUUAUUGUCGGUGAGAAAGAUUGACUCUAGCAUGAUGGAGUUUGAGAGGUACAAUGACCUACAAGAUGACAACUCGCUUUACGUUAGUGUGCCGGAUACGUCUGAAGAGGAAAGCACUUCGAUGAAGAACCAUAUCAUCUAUUUGCGCACACAAUUGAUGCAGCUGAUCGAAUCUAAAGAAUCAAAACCAAACUGUGAUGAGACACUUCGUAUCCUUCUUCUUGUUGACGUGCCACUGCAGAACAAGUGUCAUUCGUUGUUGAUCAAUGACUUACUUUCAAAGAAUGGCACGGAGAGAGAAAGCCUGGGUAAGCUCUCAAGUGCUUUCAAUAUCCUUUACCGCUAUGGGAGGAACUUGCUCAAGGAUGUCACAGAAAGACCUCAGUUCUGGAAAGUUGUCAAAUUCUCAAACAGUGUAUUUCACGAGAAGGUGGACAGUCUUGUGGGAGGACGACACAUUCUCUGCCAGUUGGGAUACACUCAAGAAGUCAAUGGUGGACUGGCCUUCCCAGACCAUACAGAACCACAUCGGGAUACAGUGGUGGAGCUGAGUGCAGACCUGCUGAUCGGAAAGUAUGAAUUGGACACAUAUGCAAAAGGCCAGCAUCCUUUCCCAUGCUAUAUUGAGGCACACAUAUCGAUGACGGCAAGGGUUCCACAAGGUUUGGCGAACACAUCUCAACAAGCGAUGCCAACUAGGCCUACUUCGACAGUGAGUGAUGUAAUAUUCAAUGAUCAACCUAUGAGUGUUAGACAACUCCCUCCAGGGGGAGUGCCACUGGUUGGGAUGGCUCCUGGAGUUGGCCAACAUCUGCUCAAGAAGACAUCUCCACCAAGACAGCCUCCUUUACCAGUGGCAGCUGAGGUCCUUCGUAUAGUUCCAACCACAAGUCAACCAGCACCUCGUCUCACAGGACAGAGGAUCGCCCAGUCGCAAGAACUUUGUCGAGUUUGUGAGACUUUCCCAACCUCCGUUCUCUGUAACUGUUGGCUUUGCGAUAACUUGCCUUAUUGUCAACAGUGUUGUAAAUACUGGCAUGAGAGCCCCCAAAUGCCCCAGGCCCCAUCUGAUAAAGGGCAACACGGAAAGGCUAUUCAUGUUUCAUCAUGUCAGAUGUGUGGCAAGAAACCAGACAUAUUCAAAUACUGUCAAACUUGUAAUAAAACCCACUGUAAAGGCUGUGACAGGUCGUGGCAUAACCACCCAAAUCGUCAAAAUCAUGGCUUGAGAGAUAUCCAGGCAUCGAGGCAGACUGGCGGUUCGGUGUCAAGUAGUGGCCAGGUGCAGGAAUCUGAAAGCCAAGGUCAAACACAUCGAGUGCUAGAACAUCACAAGAAGCCGUCUGCCAGUCAAAUAUCUGUCAAAGAUUUAAUCGAACAAAAGGAGAUGGCAACGUCUGCCAGGGCGGCAUUCCCACAUGAAGGGGUUGACACGCAACAUGGGGGUCUUGAGAGCAAAGCUGGCGCAAAGUACUAUGAGAAUGUCCAGUUAUGGACGCCGCAGCUGAUACAACAAUUCCAUAUCUCUCCAAGUGAUACUUCGGGCCCUCACGUGAAUUCACCAAAAACAGUUUCAGGGGAGAAGGCAGUUGUUGUGAUACCAAAAAAAGAAGUGGGUUCUGCGCCAUCAUUGGGGCCGUCAAGCAUACAAGAGGAGUCAAUGUAUGCAUCAAUGUUAGUUGAUGAACCUGUAAGUGCAAACAAGAAUUGCCAAAAAUUGGAGAGCGGAAUUGUGAGUCAUUCAUGUCAGUCUGAUAAAAAACCUGUCCCCCCUCCGAGGCCAAAUAAAAUGCAAAAGAAGCGGGGGCUUUCUCAAAAGAAAGUUCCACCCCCAGUGCCUCCUAAACCUCUCCAUGGGAAACCUGAGAAGCCCACAUCAAGAAUUUUGGAAAGUCUGUUGAAGAAUGACCCUGCGAUUCGGCAAGUCAUGCUGGAUAUGGAACUUAAGAAACUUGAAACGGAAAUAAAAGCCCUCAACAAGGGCAUUGAAAUCUACAAGACUACAAAAAAGGACCCUGAAAAUCCAGAAUGCAAAAGAAUGGAAACCCAGCUUGAAGAAAAACUUGAGGUGUUUUGUGAUUUGUGUGAAUAUCGUGAAAAAUUCGGCAUGGGGAAAUAUUCAUCUGACAUUGUCAUUGAAAGCAAUCUUCGUGGCGUAACCAACAAGAAGCUUGUUGAAAAUACGUAUCAGAAUGUUCUCCCAAAACAAGCCUGGGCAGAUAAGGAUAUUCCUCCAUUGCGGCCAAAAUCUGUUGUAAACUCUCCAGUGCCAUCACAAAUCCACUUCCAAGGCGUGCAGUCAGGGGAAAGUCGAGAUGACAACAUUUUCCAAGAUGUUUUGAGACCUCCUGGCAUCAUACCCUUAGAUAGCCUUGGUUCUUUCCAGCCCGUUUUGGUCCAAAAUGUGCCAAAGCCUGAUUAUUUUAGGAAGCGUGUGCCAGAAAAGCCUCAGUCGAAGUGGGAGUGUCAGUUCUGUACGUUUCACAAUGUCAAUGAGCCUGGAAAUUCUCAAUGCUUGAUGUGUGAAAAAGAAAACAUCAACCCAAAAUCUGUGGAUAGUGACCAGGAUGUGAAAGCAGCUUCAGAAAAAUUGAAAGUGAUGGCAAUUGGAAAUAGACCAUUGGCCAAAGCGUUUGAAGUACCGAGUAUGAAAGAGUUGACGCUCGAAGAGAAGGAUUUUAAGAAUAAAUUUGCUAGUCAGACCCUCGGACGCACUUUUGCUAAACAUGAAGAAGAGAAAAAGCUACAUACUCAACAGAAAGCAGAGGGCCUGGCAAUGGUCAAGAACCUAAGGAGCUUUGAAGGUGGAGAGUAUGACAUAGACCAGUUUGAGAUUGCAGCCAACCACAGCGAUGAUUGGCAGCUAACUCCAUUCGAAUGGCUGCAGCAGUACUGGGACACUUUCAAGGAGAACGUGAUAGCACAGGCAAAUCAUCACGGGGCCGGUGACAACCCCAACGUUUUGAGUAAUCUGACGAUGAGAGAGAUGGAGUCGGCCUUGAUGGAGUGCAAACAUGUCGACACAGCGAUUGAGAAAUGUCAGAAGACCAGGAAGGAAAUGGUUGAUCGCCUGAAAGAAGUCACUGACGUUCCAGUUGAAGAUAUCAUCAAACUUGUAGGAGAAUGUAAUGGUAAUGAAUAUGAAGUGAUAACAAAGCUGAAUGAGGCUGUGAUUGAGAUGACGCUGGCUGCAGUCUGGAAUGAGGAGGAGGCGGAGAUAGCCAUAAGACAGGAGGAGUUCCGGGAGUUCAUACAAAAUGAUAACAAUGACAAGGAGCGUCGGGUCCGUGCCCUUCUUGUUCAGGGAAGGCUGAAUACCUGGGAAGCAGCAGAGGUUAUUUUGGAUGUACUGCAGGAUCGUGCGCUUGACCUCGCAGAGUCUACAUUGGAAGAUAUUGUCGAUGCGGCCCGUAAUGCCAAUGGCGAUCUCGAAAGAUGUAAAUCGUAUCUGCAGCAGGAUUGCACAAUGUGCUUCUGUAAAUUCCCCAUGAAUAAGAUCCGAAACUUGAUCCAUUGCCAGUGUAAGAUUUGUGAAGGAUGUUUAACGGAGAACUUCCAGUACGCGGCGCGUGACCGUGAAGCACGUCACAUGGCAUGUCCAGUGUGUGGUGAACCAGACUUACAAAACACUAACACUGACACUAAAGCAGACACUCAUUUCCAGAUACUGGAUCUGAUUCUCAAGAAUCUGCUUGAUGAUGCGACCUACCAGCUCUUCCAGAAAAAGUUACGUGAUCGACAUCUCAUGCAGGAGCCGAACUUUCGAUGGUGCGCUCAUUGCGAGUGUGGUAUCAUUUUCAACAAUGAAGAAGGACAGCUGAAAAUGACAUGUCCAGAAUGUCAUCAGGCCACCUGCUUCAACUGUAAAGAUAAGUGGGAACCCCAGCAUGAAGAUCUGACUUGUGAACAGUUCACCCAGUGGAAGUAUGACAAUGACCCGGAACGACAAACUGCUGGCCUGGCAAGGCAUCUCCAGGAAAAUGGCAUCGAUUGUCCCAACUGCAAAUACAGAUAUGCCCUUGCAAGAGGAGGAUGUAUGCAUUUUAUAUGCAUCCAGUGUGGAUGGGAAUUCUGCAGCGGAUGCAACAAUGUUUUCAAAAAGGGUGAUUCGUGUGGCCUCUUACGGCGAUGCGCUAACUCUGGCCUUCAUUGUCACCACCCGAGAAACUGCCUUUACUACCUGAGGGACAACGAUGUCCAAAAAUUGAAGAAACUUCUGGAGAGUAAUGAUAUUUCGUUCAUGACAGAUGUUACUCCAGAGGAUGAGGAAGCUGGAGAAGAGGAAGAGGAGGAGGAAGAGAAAGAAGAAGAGGAGAAGAAGUGUAGUGUCAUGGAACAGAAGGAAACACCAAAUGGCCUUAAAGAUGAGCGGUGUGGAAAUUCAACCAAACGGCAUGAGGCUGGGUUGUGCGAGGUUCAUUACAAGGAAUAUCUUGUAAUGCUGAUCAACCGUCAUGGGAUUGACCCAGUAGCAAUCAUGGAGGAGGGCGACCUGAAGUGUCAGUUGGAGCGUCUGGAGAAAACAGUACCAGGAAAGAAGAAGAAGGAGAGUGGAGGUCAAUACAAGAAAAGACUGCAAGAGUACAUUAAAGCAAACGUGCCUCUGACAACUGACAACACAAGAAGAGGGCUGCGGGUAUAGCACUCUAGAUUAUGGCAUAGCACUCUAGACUACGGUGUACACUCUAGGCUACAGGAUACUAUGAUUCCGUACCAGAGUUCUUGUCCAUUACAUCACAGGAUAUUCUGCGUGGAGCUUGUUCUUUCAUAUCAAAUGUUUUGGGACUUCAUGUGGCGAAUGCAGCAAAAAGUAGGCUUACCGUAGUUAUUACAUUUUAGUGUUGUUUUGUAAAGAUAAUCUGAACUCUGAUAUUAUCAUUUAUACUCUGCCUCCUUAUACUGACUCUAGAGUCUGCACUCACAUGUAAUCCUAAUUUUCAUUAUGAUGUCGGUGUUGAACAGUCUGAGAAAUGUGACAAAACUUGAAGUCUGUAUGAUAAAUUGUAUUCAGCUGUCAUGCUGGAUGUUCAUUUUCUUGUAUCAUACAUUGUAUGAAUGUCGAUAACAGGUUGGUUUGAUAUAGUCCAGUGUAUUUGAACUUUGCUUGUCAUAAUAGAACUUUUGGAUUAUGAAGUUGUCUGUAGCUUUAUGCCACUCAGAUGGGUCAAGAUACGAAGAACAAAUCAAAUCAAUUGAGAAUACAUGUAUUUAGUAACUACCCCAUACAUCCUACCAGUGCACUCGUCACAAAUGCAUUAAUCAAUAUACAUGUAUAACUAUUAGCAUAUAGAUGCUGGUUUACAUUGGACAACGCACAUCAUCACCCUACAACCAAGAUGCUUAAGGUUGUAUGCAGGAAACAUAUAUUUCUGUCAGCCAACAGAAAUAAAAAUCCUUCAUUGUGUUUAUUUGCAUGCUGUACGUGUAUGAAUAAGAACAUUGGUGCUAUGUAUUCUCUCUGUGGUGUUAGGUUGAUCUUGUGAAUAAAUAA